AUGAACUUGAAGUCUACGGGGUUGACUGUCGACAGAUGCACUCCUCGCGACCGUUUCGCGACCCGCAUUACGAGACUCACUCAGAUAUCUUUUCCAACAUCUAUCAGGAAAAGCAUAGACGACUCAUGCAUCGACUUCCCUCUCACUCCAUUCUACUCCCCCACUGGAGAGUCCUUUGCUCGCCCUCGAGCGACCUCAGACGCGUUCAUGGGAUUAGAAACGCAAAUCCCUGACAGUUCCUUCGCACACGCAUUCUCUGAGUAUCGUUACGAACAUCCUAAUCCCCCACGCUCACCGACACCGAUCGAUUUCUUCCACCCGCCGAGUCCGCCUACACCACCUCCCAAAGACUACCCCUACCCUGUAUCUACUUCAAACAAGCCAAAAAGGCCCCCACCACUCACGCAGAAUUCUUUGAGCCCCAUUGUCGUCGAUCCAGUACCAGUGACCCCAGGACCAGCGGGACUUGAACGCUCCAUAUGGAUUUUUGACAGCUCCUUACGCGAAGUGGAUUUUGAUGUUACUUGUCUUGGCGCACUAGACGAGCAGCUUCUGUACGCUCCAAAGGACUCUUUCUUGGAUAUCUGCUGGGCAGAAGCUGUAUAUGAUGACGAGGAUCAGUUGCCGGUGGAGAAGCCAUGGGUGUGGCAGUCACAGGCGGAAAGGGAAACCGAUUCGGAAGAGUCAGAACAGAGUGGUCCUGAUCCCGUCGUGAUGCAGGUGGAGCGCAAAGUUUCGUUCGUUUAUUCCCCCGAUACAUACACGCCACAAUCUCCCCAGCGUAUGAUGUUUGCAGAAUCUGAGUCACGCAUGUUGUACCAAAAUGCGAAUCACUCGGUGCACUUCUUCCCUGUGCCGCAGCAACGCGACUCCCGCCGCAAACAUACGGCACGGGACCAACCGGAUACUCCUUCCGGGAAGCUCAAACUCUUCUCGGGCGCAUAUGGCACUCUCACAGGACGGCGGCGUACUACUUCCAAUUAA